UUAGGAAGAAAAGGCUACACGUGUGAUAUUUAAUGAAGUAACUGAUGUUAUUGUUAUUAACCAAACCUGUGUUUCAUGCCGCAAAAAAGAUUACCUCAGAAAUAGCAGCAUAGCGGCAAAGAAAAUUUUGUAGCCUGACAGCAGCUCACUGUGUGUGUGUGUGUGUGUGGUUUUACACUACAAUAUAAUAUUAGCAAUACGUCAAAGUGCAAACGUUACUAUCACGUUGCUAAGGGACUCGAACAUAUGAGCGUACGGCUCAGAACUGUCUUGUUCCUGUCGUCGCUCCCCGCACUCACGCUCCUCAUAGGCGGGGCCAUGGGCUGCCUCCAGAGCGUGGUGUGUAAGCCGCGUGUGCGCCGUGAAAACAUCGUGGUGUACGAGGUGUCAGCAUCAAUCGAUCGGAGCCCCACAGUGGUGGAGGAGAACUCGCCCAUCGUGCUGCGAUAUCGAACGCCCUACUUCCGAGCCUCCGCCGGGGUCGUAAUGCCACCUGUGCCCAGGAACGAGACGUGGACAGUGGGAUGGAUACAGGCGUGUACGCAGAUGGAGUUCUACAACACGUAUGGAGACGCGGGCGUGUCGAGCUGGGAGUUGCCGGAGCUGCGUGAGGGCCGUGUAAAGGCCAUUAGUGACUCGGAUGGCGUCAGCUACCCGUGGUACGGCAACACUACAGAAACGGUGACCAUCACGGGUCCGACGUCCAAACCGUCACGUCUCACCGUCGGCAUGAACGAUAAUUUCUACCCGAGCGUGACAUGGGCAGUGCCCGUGGGUGAGAGCGGCACACCAGCACUCACUCGCGUCACUCGUGACCAGAGCUUCAUCACGUGGUUGGUGGCGCUGAACAAUGUGACGCGUGAGAAGAUCCUGCUGCAGACAGUGCGGUGGCGCAUGCGGGUCGACAUUGUGGUUGAUCCCAUGAUGCCACUGGGCUCUCGCGCCACUCUGGUCAGCCGGGCACACCAGGAACAGCCGCUUAUUCUCACCAAUAAUGAACCCAUUCCGCCAAACGCACUGGCGCGACCCAACGCCAAUGACGCCCAAGUGUUAAUGUGGAGGCCGAGGAGAGGGACGCCGAUUGUCGUCAUCCCCUCCAAAUAGACCUG